UGCUACAAGACUCCGUGAAGAUGACGUACGGCGUAAUAAAGUACGUCACGGUGUAAACGGGACAUUAGUUCCUGUUUCGGACCGAUUGCUUGUAUCAUGGCCGCAGUACGCAGCCUACGGGUUUCGGUAAAGCCAGACUGCUCAGAAUCGGAUUCAGACCGAGAUGCCCGCGAAUUUGAACCGAUGGAGGUGGAGGACGGCGAACUCGAGGCAGAGGACAUCCCUGUUAACCGGUCCUUGAAUGAACUGUUGCCGGAGGUGAUUGAGAGGACGGAGAAGAGCACAGAAAGGUUUCACUUCUGUGCAGAGGCCAACCUAGCCCAGACUGUGGUGCUAGACAGAGACACCAUGAAGAAAGCCAUCCCUAACUUGCGUCUGGAGGCGUUGCACGUGGCGGGUGUGGAUGAUAUGAGCACCCAGGAUGUGUUUGGCUACUUUAAGGAGUACCCUCCAGCACACAUUGAGUGGAUCGACGAUACCUCCUGUAACGUGGUGUGGCUGGAUGAUGUCACUUCCACCCGGGCUCUGAUCAACAUCAGCCACGUGCCUGACCCAGAGGUGGUUACCAAAGAGACCGAUGACACCAAAGAACUUGGUGAUCCCACCCAGGAGAGCAAGUCUCCAGGGAAAUCAGGUUCCGACGAUGAUGGAGAGGUGGAGGAGGAGCAAAAAGAGAACCGUGAGGGGAAAGCCAGCGAGGGAGAGACUGAGAAGAAAACAGAACCUGCGACCACCCAGGUGGACUUGCUGUCCCAGGCAGAUAAUGAGUCACUGCUCCGGAAUGACCUACGUCCAGCCACCAAACCCUUCAAGGGCAACAGACUCUUCCUGAGGUUGGCCACUCACGAUGAUAAGAAGGAGCUGGGUGCUACGAGGAAGAGCCGAUAUUACAUGAAGUACGGCAACCCCAACUACGGAGGCAUGAGGGGCAUCCUCAGCAACUCCUGGAAGAGACGGUAUCACACACGCAGAAUUGUGAGCAAGAGCAAGAAACCCCUCAUAGGGGACAGCAUGGGGGACACACCGCCCUACAAACACAGACACUCUGCUGACCUGAUCAACCUGCCAGAAGAACCAAUAGAGGAAGAAGAGGAUGAGGAAGAAGACAUGGACUCAGACGACAGGGUGGUGGAGUACAAGGAGAAGGGGGAAAGAGGGAGGGUGAGGGUGGGGGGCCCAGUGGUGGCCCUGUGCAGUCGUUUUGGCAGACCCUCUUCCCCCUCGGUCUUGUCGGACUCAGACGAGAUGGACUAUGACUUGGAGCUCAAGAUGAUCUCCACCCCCUCUCCCAAGAAGAGCAUGAAGAUGACCAUGUACGCAGACGAGGUCGAGACCAACCUCAAGACUAUACGACACUCUGCUGUUCGGAGUGACAGCGGCUCGGGGGGUAGUGGCAUCCGGAACAGGAUUGGUGGAGGAUCGGUGGGUGAGACCAAAAGCAGUGUGGUGGAGAAAGUGAUGGACGUGAGGCAGCUAUUAGAGGAGAACAGACGUGGCCUAUCCCAGCACAAACAUCGCCACCCUGUGGCCAGCAUUGGAAAGACGGACGUGAGGCAGCGGUUAGGGAAGAGGCCGUACUCUUCUGAGAGACAACACUCCACCUCUCCCGUCGCCUCCCGAGACUCAUCCCCUCCCCGAGAGCCGAUCACAGAUGUGCACAGGCGACUGGGCGUGGUCAAACAAGACACCCGCGGCCUCUACCCUGAUUCGUCCAAAGACAGGAAAUCAAGUCGUCUGUGGAGCAGGCUCGGCCCCUCCUCCUAUAAGGGUGAGGUUCCCGAGCGGAAGCCUCCCAGUCGGAGCGGGUUGGGUAUCAACCAGCUCCAGGUUGGGGGGCGGGGAGGGGAAGACGUUGAGAAGGAGAACGACUCUGCACUGCAGAAGGUGUGGGGGGCCUUGAUCAAACAGAAGCAACAGCAGACCCACAAGAUGAAGAGGAGUCGGCUUGACAACCUGCCCUCGCUACAGAUAGAGGUCAGCCAGGAGAGCAGCAACGGGUCCGACUCCUGAGAGACUGAGGGAGAGGAGGGGGCAGAGAAUAAGUAGGCGAGCGAGACGUGUUGAUAGAAACUGAGUAGGGGAAGAGGUGUGAGUGAAAUGGAGAAUAAAUACAAAUGGUGGGGGAGGGUUUAGAUCAGUAUGGAUUGGGUCAUGCCUUCAUCUAGAGCAGAAGGGUCACCACCUCCACCCCUGCUCUCCUCUUGAGUUACUCGUCUCUGUUUAGAUCCUUAUGGGCCCCCGUCGCUGUGGCCUGGUCCAUCGUAUGAACACAAAGGAACUGGACAGAAUUGUCUGAUGUGGAGAGAAGUUAUGUUUGUCAGGACAGGAGACACUUUUUAUUUUUUAUCACAUGAUCUCUGCAGCCCAUGGGACUGGUGUUCUGAUCAAACGUGUUCCCGUGACAUUUUAUUGAUGGCGCCUACCUACACUUCAAGUCAUGUCAAAUAUUUAAAGGGCAAUAUAAAUGUCUCUGUUAGCCCCUGUGAUGUCAACUACAGAAGAACUGGGACGAGGAUAAGAUGCAAAUACUGUGUGCUCUCCCUGUCUGUGUGGAACCAGACACAGGAUCAUACAGUAUAUGGUAUCUGUGUGUGAGUGACUUUGAACAACAAAUAUUGGGUUUGUGGCAUUUUAUUUCCUUCAACAGGCUUGGCCCAUAGAGACAACUAAACCAGAUUAAUCGAUUCUCUACUGAAAGGUUUUGUACUGUCUGACUGUUUUAUGUGCAAAUGGCCAAUGUUGAUAUUAUGUUUUUCAAUGGCUGUGCCGUCCUUCAAAGCACCAUAGUGCACUACUUUUGACCAGAGCCCUAUGUAGGGAAUAGUGUGCCGGUUGGAGGACCACUUUACAUUCCCAGAGAGAAGAGGAAUUGAUUUCAUUAAGGCCUAAGCAGAAAUAAAACAUGUCAGCAACUG